AUGUCUGUGAGUCAUGCAUGGAUUAUCGCAUCCCCUCCUAGGUUGCUUCGUAUCGCUGACCCGUCGUUGCCCGAUCCGGUCUGAUCAGGACAACUCUACGUGAGUGAGCGAGCACUUUAUCGAGGCGCGCCGCCGGCCUUCCCACACGGUGGUCGAUGUGGCGGGGCGGUGGGAUAUCUUCGCCGCCUGCCUACCCGUCACUUCUCAUUCAUGAUCCUCACCAAUUGCUUCUGAAUGCCACCCACAGCCCCGCCAAGUGCCCCAAAGGAGGCGACUGCACCUGCGGUCAAGCUGGCAAGGUAAGCCUCGUCAAUGACGACGACUCGCGCUUGGCGCUUCAUUUGCGACGGCGCUGGACGAGGCGUACGUCAGCUGACCCCCACCCGUCGGUUGUUCGUUGCAUACAGUGCGGAUCGAGCUGCUCGUGCUCGACCACCCAAGCUUGUGCCUGCAAAGCCGCUGGAGGGUCAGUUAUUCAACGGUCUGAUUGCCCUUCUCGAUGCGGUCGCGAAUAGAGCGCUCUCUCCUGACUCAACGUCCCCCUCGCCUCUUUAUUCCGCGCGCCACAGAACCUCGACGUGCUCGUGCGCCGAGGGUCAAUGCGCCUGCGCCCAAAACAAGGCUGAAGAGCCUGCCAAGUCGUAAGUCGCUGUAAGAUGACACAGGAUACAUUUAGCAUGAAAUCAUCAUGCUCAUGCUGACUCGAUGGAUCCUCUGUUUCUCUACUCGCGCCCGGCCUCCUGUCUAUUUUACCCCUCUCCACAGUGGCUGCUGCAAGUCCAAGGUCUCCGUCUCCACCCCCGCCGUCGUGACGGCCGAAUCAUGCGGCUGCGCCUCCUUCUCCUGCCACUGCGGGGACAACUCUACCUGCUCGUCCUGCGACCGCGGCGCCUCGACCAAGUCGUGCGGCACGGGUCCCCAAGCGUGCUGCAAACCUGGAACGUCGGCCGGUUCGUGCGGUUGCGCUUCGACGUCUUGCACGUGUGGUGAGGACCGCCAGUGCUCGUCGUGCACGCGUUCGAAGGCCAAGUCGUCAUCCAACACCUCAGCUUGCUGUUCGUCGUCCAAAUCGUGCUGCUCCAAGGACGAGAAGUCGACCGGACCUCAAGACUGCUGCAAGUCCGGCUCGUCCGCUGGAACGUGCGGCUGCGAUUCCUCGUCGUGCAACUGCGGUGACAAGUGCACUUGCUCUUCCUGCCCCAAGGGGAAGGGAAAGGCCACUGGUCCUCAAGAAUGCUGCAAGCCCGGCUCGACCGCUGGAACUUGCGGCUGCGACUCGUCGUCGUGCAACUGCGGCGACCAGUGCACUUGCUCGUCGUGCCCCAAAUACAAGAGCAAGUCGACCGGCCCUCAAAGCUGCUGCAAGUCCGGCUCGUCUGCUGGAACGUGCGGUUGCGAUUCCUCGUCGUGCAACUGCGGCGACAAGUGCACUUGCUCGUCGUGCCCCAAGAAUAAGGGCAAGUCGACCGGCCCUCAAAGCUGCUGCAAGUCCGGCUCGUCUGCUGGCACGUGCGGUUGCGAUUCCUCGUCGUGCAACUGCGGCGACAAAUGCACUUGCUCGUCGUGCCCCAAGAAUAAGGGCAAGUCGACCGGCCCUCAAAGCUGCUGCAAACCCGGCUCGACCGCUGGAACGUGCGGCUGCGACUCGUCGUCGUGCAACUGCGGCGACAAAUGCACUUGCUCGUCGUGCCCCAAGAGUAAGGACCAGUCAGCCGGACCUCAAGAAUGCUGCAAGCCCGGCUCGUCUGCUGGAACGUGCGGCUGCGACUCGUCGUCGUGCAAUUGCGGCGACAAGUGCACUUGCUCGUCGUGCCCGAAGGCCAAGACCUCCGCUUGA